CCCCUCGAGCUCGAGGGCUCUGAGCUUCAAGUGAUGGGGAACUGUUGCAGAUCUCCCGCGGCUGUUGCUAGAGAGGACGUGAAAUCCAACUAUUCCGGCCACGAUCACGGCCGUAAAGACGCUGGCGGUGGGAAAAAAUCGGCGCCGAUUCGAGUCCUCAGCGAUGUUCCCAAGGAGAAUAUCGAGGACCGGUACUUGCUCGACCGAGAACUAGGUCGCGGCGAGUUCGGCGUCACCUACCUCUGUAUCGAGAGGUCUUCGCGCGACCUGCUCGCCUGCAAGUCGAUCUCGAAGAGGAAGCUCAGGACCGCCGUGGAUAUCGAUGACGUUAAGAGGGAAGUGGCGAUUAUGAAACACCUGCCCAAGAACUCGAGCAUUGUUACUCUGAAGGAGGCUUGUGAGGACGAUAAUGCGGUGCAUUUGGUGAUGGAGCUCUGUGAAGGUGGUGAGCUUUUCGAUCGGAUUGUAGCUCGAGGGCAUUACACGGAGCGCGCCGCCGCGGGAGUCACCAAGACAAUCAUGGAGGUUGUGCAGCUCUGCCACAAGCACGGCGUCAUUCAUAGAGAUUUGAAGCCGGAGAAUUUUUUGUUCGCCAACAAGAAGGAGAACUCGCCGCUCAAAGCCAUUGAUUUUGGAUUGUCGAUUUUCUUCAAGCCAGGUGAGAAGUUCUCCGAGAUUGUGGGAAGUCCAUAUUACAUGGCACCUGAGGUGCUAAAGCGGAACUAUGGACCCGAAAUAGAUAUUUGGAGUGCUGGAGUGAUUCUUUAUAUUCUGUUGUGUGGAGUUCCCCCAUUCUGGGCAGAGUCGGAGCAGGGAGUUGCUCAGGCUAUUCUGCGCGGGAUAAUUGAUUUCAAGAGGGAACCGUGGCCAAACAUUUCUGAGACCGCUAAGAAUCUAGUCAGACAAAUGUUAGAGCCUGAUCCGAAGCGUCGGCUGACUGCAAAGCAAGUGCUUGAGCACCCAUGGAUUCAGAACGCGAAGAAAGCUCCAAAUGUUCCUCUUGGAGAUGUUGUGAAGUCCAGGUUAAAGCAGUUUUCAGUGAUGAACAGAUUCAAGAGAAAAGCUUUGAGGGUUAUUGCCGAUUUUUUAUCUACUCAAGAAGUAGAAGACAUCAAAGAAAUGUUCAGCAAGAUGGAUACUGAUAAUGAUGGCAUUGUUACCAUCGAGGAGUUGAAAGCUGGACUUCGCGAUUUUGGUACAAAGCUAGCGGAAUCAGAAGUUCAGAUGCUUAUUGAAGCGGUGGAUACGAAAGGGAAAGGAACACUGGACUAUGGGGAAUUUGUUGCAGUCUCGCUCCACCUGCAAAAGGUAGCAAACGAUGAGCAUCUCCGCAAAGCAUUCUCCUACUUUGACAAGGAUGGAAAUGGGUACAUUUUGCCCCAGGAGCUUUGUGACGCCUUAAAGGAAGAUGGAGGGGAUGACUGUGUGGAUGUCGCCAAUGAUAUAUUCCAAGAAGUUGACACGGACAAGGUAAGUGUCAAAUCUUCUAUGCAGUGUAUGAUCUCAUGUUGA